CGCCGUUCGCGUUCAGUUCGCCAGAACGCGUCGACCGAUUUGGGUGUACAGUGUGAGUGUGUGCUGCCGCCCGAGUUUUCCAUUGUACUGUCAAGAACCGUUUUCUGUCCACAGUUUUUCCUUUUUCUUUUUGUCGUUGUUUUGUGUUUUGUUGUGGAGCUGACUUGGGGUAGCGUGUGAGGUGUUAAGUGGUCCAAUUGAGAUCUUCCGGGCUUGGAUUGCGUGAGCCCGUUUGCGUCCAAUUGCAACAAAUUGCAGUGUCUCGACUCGGGACGUUGGGGACAAUACGGUCGACCCGGAAGACCUUCCAAAGGACUCGUCCAGUGAUUUCGGUGCUCCGCGUGUGUGUGCCGCUUCUGUGAGGUGAAUGAAGGCAGCGAGUGGAUAGGAAAAUCUGCCAGAAGUGAAAAGGGAUCUUUUUUGUGCAUUUGUGACUCUGGACGACUGCAAGGAUUCCGCCUGAGUCGCUGGUUUGCGGCACCACCCAAGGGCCAGGAGUGGGAAAUCCAAUCAACUGCCUUUCAUCACAUUGGGGAUUUUCACGCAAAUCAUAUCUUCCAGAACCUGUGGUUGAAUUUGCUCAGAUCGAUAUUCUACAAAAAGUCAAACUCCCAAAAAUGUACGCACAAUAACAAAUCCAGAUUACCAUGUCGCAGCCGGAAAACAAUUCACUGGAUAUACACCCACUAAACAAUUCGCAGCACUUUGACACUGAAAUACCAAAGUCUCAUUUGGAUGGACCAUUUUCAUUACCCUCCGUCCAGCAUUCUCCUUCAAUUCAAUCCAACAAAAAUGUCUGUGACGAAAUAUUAGAUAAUAAAAUGGCGGCUUUGGAGGUCAAUGACGCCUUAAUAAGUGAGAACAAUGUGAAAGGCGCCUGUGGGGCUGGCGGUGGAGGUGGAGGGGACGGAAGUGAUAGUGGUGUGGACAUUGCGAUCAAUUCAAAUCUUGGCUUGCAACGAGCAUUAAGUAGUACUAGUGCAGGAUAUGCAAGUAGUUGUUGUUGUAUUGACGAGCCCCACCAUGGAGAGGGUGGUGGCAACUUUUCAUGUGAUUCCAGUGUGAUUAGCUAUAGUUCAGAUGUUUGUGAAAAUAAUAAAACUGUGAGUACUGUUAUGAGCCAAAAUUCGAAUUUAGAAUGCACCAGUGAGAAUGGAAGCGAGAGUUCAUCAGUUGCAGGCGGGCCGAUAGUGAGGAAAGCGAGCAUAGUUAAAAAGAAAGAAUUGUCACCGCGCAAAGCAGCGGAUAUAAUGUCUGUUUCCACGCCUAGCUUAGGAAAGAGUAGGUCACGGGCUGGAUCCAGCGUUAGGCAUUUGGUAACCCCUAAAAGUUGUGGAGCUCCUAUACUUCAAACUAAAGAGCGUGCCCGAUCGCGUGAAAAGACUCCUGGAUUGCAGACAGCAUCCAGUAAAAGUAUAACCCCUCCAUACAGAUCUACACCAGUGAAACGUCCUGCAUUGCCAACUUCUUUGUCUAACUCGUCCAGUAUGCAAAGGUUUUCGAGCCUAACUCGUACUCCAUCGUUAUCGAGGGCUCGGACACCUGUUACUCCUACUGAUGACGGACGGUGGCCAUCAGUAGGUGGGCGUGGUAUGACGAUGAAUCAGAAGCGGGCAGGAUCCGCUGUGCCUGACUUGAGUGCCAUAAAAUCUAGAGUUAAUAUGAUAGAAAAUAAAUCUUCGUCUCCAAUUGACAAAUACGCUACACUCCCGCGUCGUAGAAAACAAAAAUCAUUUGAAGAUCUUCGUGGAGGGCGUAGUUCACGUAGUAGUUCAGCGUCUCGCGAAAAUAAGUUAUCCGCUUCCUCAGUAACUCCGCCUUCGAAGAAAACACCGACACCGCCGUCCCAAAAAUCGCUGCCACCCUUCCUGAAAACCCGGAAACUCGUUCCCCGAACCAAAAUCUACCACGAGAUAAGCGUCCAAACAGCAAUAACCGGUGAAGAUGUACAAAAAGCAUUUGCCGGUUCAGCGAAAACGAUCAAAGUUGAUGCGAUUGAAAUUUCGAAUAAAGAAACCCAGUCCGAUAUUCGGGACAAGGAAAUAGAAUCCCUAAACGAACAAUUACGAGCGUUAAACGAAAACUAUAAAGAGCUUCGCACGAAAUUGUGCGAACGCAAGCGAAUGGUAGUGAAUAUGGAGCAACAAUUGAAUCGCGAACGAAAAGAAAGACUCGCUGCACAGGCAGAGCUUCACUUGAAUACGGAGCGAGUUAUUGGUAUGCUGGAAUUGACUAGAGGUACUCCAACUGAGGAGGAAGGAUUCGAUAGCCUUCUGAUGUUGGAAUCGCAAAUUCAAAUGUCUGGUCAUGAGCUUGAAGAGAAGCAACAGGAGAUCAGUAAGUUAAGGACAAUUUGUCGAACGUUACAGCGUGAAAUGGAACGAUCUUUGGCUGCUCAGGAGGCAUUAGCUCAACAGAAAGCUACAAUUGAAAAGGAGUCAUCGGAACUUCAAGAUUUCUUACAAACAGAAAAAUUAGUAAUGUACGAUUCACUUCGUGAAAUGGAAGUCGAAAAUGCCGAAUUGAAAAAACUCGUUGACGAGAAGUCAUUGGAAAUUAUGAGAUUACGCGAUGAAUGUCGACAUUUGGUGCGAGUUAACGAGCAGAGGAGACAAGAAAACAAAGGGAUGCAAACCAAAUACACAGCCUUGGAGUGCAGGAGUAAGGAGCUUAUCGUCCAGCAGAAUUCAGCUGUAUCGGGAGCAUCAAUGGCAUUAUCCGGUCUGAAUUCUCGACUCGACAAUCUUGUAGAACAACUAAUUUCCUCCUAUAAUAUUUCGGAGCAAGAUUUAGAGGAUGUAGUAUUUCAUAAUGAAGCGUAUACAAAUAGUGCGAGUAGCGGUGAAGGUAGUCCCGAGUGUGAAACAGCUGCCAUUGCUAUCAAGGGUGGUGAUCAGAAUGAUGGCUCUUUGUCGCCGCAAAGAAACCAAUCAUUUAUUGCAGCCGUAAUAAGUGCCAUUAGGAGUGCAACAACCUCUGGUAAGAAGUUAACACGCGUUCGAAAGUUGACAGAGGAGCGAAAUGGAGAAGAAUCGGAUUCAACGGAAAUGUUGGAUUCGGAAACGGAGCCAUGUUUGAUGAUGGAUAAUGUUUUGGAGGACGUACCGAUGCACGAUUCUCAUUCCCAUAAUAUGGUUUCAUCGGCUGGAAUGAUUUCGCAAAUUGAUAAUUCUUUGAAUGCAGUAUCACAAGGGGAUGAGUCGUUACAUAAUUUGUCACAGGCCAUUGCCAAUAGACAACAGCUUGAAUUGCAAAUCAACUCGCUGGCAGCUGUGCAAAAAUCAGCGUUGUUAAGGCACCAGUCAGAGAACAGUACAUCCGAGGAUAUCAGUGGUCAUGAUUCAAUCGCUGAAAUGCCAUCAAUAAGCGAAUACUGUUCCGCCCAGGCGCUUGUCGAUCAAGUCAUCGAAGUCGAUAAUUUGGUAACAAAACUUCUGAAGGUGUUAAGACUGAUUCAAAUGGACAACGAUAAUUGCAUCCAACAAUUAAUAACAGACAAAAACAAACUGCAACUUAACAAAGAAGAGAUGCUUGAAAAACUCAAAGAAUUGGACGAUCGUAAUAACAAAUUGACUGACGAACUGAUGGAUGUAACGCAGCAAUUGAUACUAAAAGGAAAUGACUUAGCUACAAAUAAAACGGAAUUGCAAAGGCAUCGAAAUGAAAUUGAUAGACUUAAUCAAGAUAUUUGCAAUUUGAGUACGCUAUGCAGUCAAUCCAGGCAGCUAAAGAAACAGCGACACCUGCAACAACAAGAAUAUGAUAAUUACAAUCAAAAUGAGCCCGAGUUGGUGAAGACAAUAAGUCGUGAUGAGUUGCUGACAUCGUUACGUAGAUGGCAGGAGAGUGGUCAUUUACCAGAACCGGAAAUUAUAGCACAUAUUGUGGCAGCAUGCAAUGAGAUUUCAAAUAUCCGUGAAAUGCAUAUAUCCGCAUCGAAUUCGAACCCAGGAAACAGUUGUCUUUAUCAACUACCAACUGCUUGGCAACAAAAUGCAAUCCGUGAAACAAAGCGACAAUACGAAGCUAUCGACCGUGCUCUGGAGGUGCUAAAUGGCUUACAAUCCCUGGUCGAACAAUGUCCCGCUUUGGCAAAACUCCAACAGGACCUAGAGGAGACAAAUUUCAAAUCAGCAGGAGUGAUUCCUAUGUAUACAACUGUUUUGACUGGAAUAUCUCCUGAUCAGGACAUCGAGGAGGAUGUGAAUGCCAACGAGUCGCCGACAUUGAGUUCAAAUGGAAAUCAAACACAAAUCAAUUCACCCGCCUAAGGGUUGGUAAUUUUUAAUAAUGUGUGAUAAUAGUAUGUUUUAAUUUUAAAGAAUAAUGAGUGUCAAAGGAAGUAUCUUUGGCUUAUGAGAAGGAAGAUUACAAAUAGAAAGAGAUUAUAAUGGAAUAAAAUGAAAAACGGAAUUUUAAAGUAGCUCUCUCCUCCCGGGGGAUGAACGUUAUCGUGAAAAUAUUCUUCUCAUAUCUUUCGUCUCCAAAUUUUAUUGAGAUUGUAAUGUAAAAAUGGUUUCAAAUUUCGUCAAAAGUGGCUUUCGCUAAGCCACAAAAAUAGUUUCAUAGAAAAGAUUUUUGGUGAUUUGAAAAUCUGCAUAUAAUUUACAAUAAAAGAUUUCCUGGAAUUGCUCAUGUUUCAUGUAUUAUUCAGUGGAUUUCUAAUUUAGGAUGAAAAAAUACUAAAAUAUUGUAUUACUGCGCAUGAAUUUACAAUUAGCAAAAGCUUAUUUAUAUAUAAAGCAAAAUAAUGAGCCAUAAGUGUAUCGAAACCAUCCAUUCCAAUUAAAUACGCAACAUCCAUCAAACUGGCAGAAUAUAUUCUGUUUCCUUUUGGUGCCUCAUAUUUUAUUUGGCAAGUGCUUCGAUGAGAUGUGAAUUGACUAGUUCCUUACCUGACUAGAUUGUAAAAAUUCCUAUGUUUCUAUUGAUCGUAAAAAAAGGGAUCGAAAAUUAUGGAAUCGUCCAUUAAACGAACAUAGGACAAUUCGACAAAUGACAAAUAUUUCGCCUUAUGAACUUUAUUUAACAAAUAACACAUUUAUAUUUUCUAUUACAUAACUAUCCAUUGGAAAUUAUUAUUUCUAGGUUUAAAUACGAAUAAAAUUAACAAAAACUAGCGAAAUCAGAUCCAGAUACGAUCAAUUAAAUUCAAUUUAAAUAUAACGGUUGCAAUUAAAUAAAAUGUACAUUUAUUAGAUAGUAAACGAUUUGUCCAUAAAGUUAUUAGCGAAAUGAAUUAUUUAAAACCAUUAUUCAUGAAUA